AUGGACUGCCAUUUUUCUGUCUGGGGAGUUCUGGCCUUUCUGAGCUUGGCUCUGGUUAUUUCAUUGAUACUGAAUAUUUCACACUACAUGAAAAAGAAGCAAGACACUAAAAUGUAUAGAGACUAUGAAGACAACAGUCCAAGUUAUGAUGACUAUUACACAGAAGAUGACCCAGUUUAUGGCAACCUCAAUCAAGAUAUUUUAGAGGAAUGUUGUUACGAGCAGAUGAAGUCCCAGCCUCAGAGGCCAGUUAACCAGCUACAGGUGGAGCCUGCUAAUCAGAUGUGUUAUGCCUCGCUUGAUCACAGCAUCAAGGGAAAACGCAGAAAAGCAAGGAGAAAGAAAGACCCUUCAUUAGAGGAAGAUGAAGAAGAAAGAUCAUCUAACCCCACCAUGAUGGCUUCCAAAGUUAGCAUUUACCUCAAUAGUGAGCAGCUGGCUGCUGAAAACACAGCAAAUGUAGAAGCCAUUCAUGAUGAUCCCAUCAGAUUGAUGGGUUUGAUUCAUACGACAAAAGGAGAGAACAUUUGA